UUCCAAAGAUUUUUACCAUCUUCCCGUUGUCACUCGUUUAUAAGGACGAGCCCCAGUCUCAAAAACCAAGGCAGGGUCCACGCUUUGCCGUCUACAAAUACAAGGGGAGAGUUUGUUCAGAAAAUCAAAGAAACAAAGAAAGACAGAGCUCACUCGGAAAUAAAAAUAAAAUAAAUAAAUAAAUGGAGAAAAUCGAGCACUCAACGAUUCCCACCAACGGCAUAAACUUGCACGUAGCAUCUAUUGGGACUGGACCGGUGGUUCUGUUCCUCCAUGGUUUCCCAGAGCUCUGGUACUCUUGGCGCCACCAGCUUCUCUCCCUAUCGGCUCUUCGAUACCGUGCCAUCGCUCCCGACCUCCGUGGCUAUGGAGACUCCGAUGCCCCUCCAUCUGCCGCUUCCUAUACGGCCCACCACAUCGUCGGCGACCUCGUUGGGCUGCUUGACCAUCUGGGUAUCGAUAAGGUGUUCUUGGUGGGCCAUGACUGGGGGGCUAUUGUUGCCUGGUACUUGUGCUUGUUCAGGCCCGAUAGGGUCAAGGCCUUGGUCAACUUGAGCGUGCCUUUCCGUCCCAGGAACCCCACCAGAAAGCCUGUUGAGAGUUUCAAGGCUUUGUUUGGUGAGGAUUUCUAUAUGUGCAGGUUCCAGAAACCUGGAGAAAUCGAAGAAGAAUUCGCUAAAGAUGAUACUGCAGUGCUACUUAGUAAAUUUUUUGCAACUCGCAAUCCACAACCUCCAAGCAUACCUAAAGAAGUAGGAUUUAGUGGUAUAAAACCCCCAUCAAGCUUGCCCCCUUGGCUAUCACAACAAGAUUUGAACUAUUUUGCCUCAAAAUUCAACCACACGGGCUUCACUGGAGGAUUAAACUACUAUCGAGCUUUGGACCUAACAUGGGAGCUUACAGCAGCGUGGACGGGAGUGCAAAUCAAAGUACCUGUGAAGUUCAUUGUUGGUGACCUGGACCUUACCUAUCAUAUUCCUGGAGCCAAGGAAUACAUACACAACGGGGGUUUCAAGAGAGACGUUCCAUUUCUGCAAGACGUUGUUGUAAUGGAAGGAGUCGCACAUUUUAUCAAUCAAGAAAAACCCGAUGAAAUCACAGAUCACAUUUACGAUUUCAUCAAAAAAUUUUAAUCCCCAUUCGGUAAUCUUAUAUUUACCCGAGACUGCCACCGACAUAUAGUGGAUCUUUCCACUGGAUAUGCACUAAAUAUGUAAAUAAGAUGCAGGUCUCCCUUGUCUUUAAAAUAA